AACCCUGAAGACAGAGGAGAAAAAAAAAAGAACAAAAUAUUUCCGUUCUAGGUGUUCAACCCAGAACUAAAACUAGAAAAAUCAAAGCCAUGCACAAAACUACCUCCCUAGAGAAAGGCUAGUCCCUUUUCCUCCCCAUCCAUUUCUUAAUGAACCUCGUAGAAAACAGCGAAUUCUUAUCAAAGCUGAUGAAAAGCGCCAACAUGUCUGAAAUGAAAUACGACUUUUCCUGUGAACUCUACCGAAUGUCUACGUACUCGACUUUCCCCGCUGGUGUUCUUGUCUCAGAAAGGAGUCUUGCUCGCGCUGGUUUUUAUUACACGGGUGUGAAUGACAAGGUCAAAUGCUUCUGCUGUGGCCUGAUGCUGGAUAACUGGAAACAAGGCGACAAACCGAUUGAAAAGCAUAAAAAGUUGUACCCUAGCUGUGGCUUUCUUCAGAAACUAAAUUCAGGUAACAUUUCGGGAGCCACCUCUCCGCUUCAUUUGCCUUCUUCGGGAACAAAUUCCACGCAUUCAGUAUUUCCAAGUUCGGAAAACAGUGGUUAUUUCAGUGGCUCUUAUUCCAGCUUCCCCUCAAGUCCUGUGAACUCCGAACCAAAUCACGAUGUGUCUGCCUUGAGAAGUCCCAACCACUGUAUAAUGAAUACGGAACACGCCAGGUUACUUACUUUCCAGACGUGGCCAUUGACCUUCCUGUCGCCAAUCGAUCUGGCAAAAGCGGGUUUUUACUACAUAGGACCUGGAGACAGGGUGGCUUGCUUUGCCUGUGGUGGAAAACUGAGCAACUGGGAGCCAAAGGAUGAUGCUAUGUCGGAACACCUGAGACAUUUCCCCCACUGCCCGUUUUUAGAAAGUCGGCCUCAAGACACUUCAAGAUACAGUGUCUCUAAUCUGAGCAUGCAGACGCAGGCCGCCCGUUUCAGAACAUUCUGUAACUGGCCCUCGAGUGUUGGAGUUCAUCCUAAGCAGCUUGCAAGUGCAGGUUUUUAUUAUAUGGGUCACAAUGAUGAUGUCAAAUGCUUUUGCUGUGAUGGUGGACUGAGGUGUUGGGAAUCUGGAGAUGACCCGUGGGUCCAACAUGCCAAAUGGUUUCCAAGGUGUGAGUACUUGAUACGAGUUAAAGGACAAGAGUUCAUCAGUCGCGUUCAAGCCAGCUAUCCUCAUCUACUUGAACAGCUGUUAUCUACUUCAGAGAAUCCAGAAGAUGAAAAUGCAGAGUUACCAAUUAUUCAUUAUGGCCCUGGAGAAAACCAUUCGGAAGAUGCAGUCAUGAUGAAUACACCUGUGGUUACAGCUGCCUUGGACAUGGGCUUCAGUAGAAGGCUGGUAAAACAGACAGUUCAGAGUAAAAUUCUAACAACUGGGGAGAAUUAUAAAAUCGUCAGUGAUCUUGUAUUAGAUUUACUUUAUGCUGAAGAUGAAAUAAGGGAAGAGGAGAAAGAAAGAGCAACUGAGGAAGAAGAAUCAGAUGACCUCUCAUAUAUCCGGAAGAAUAGGAUGGCACUUUCUCAACAUUUGACUUGUGUGGUUCCAAUCCUGGAUAGUCUACUAAUUGCCGGAGUGAUUCAUGAACAAGAACAUGAUAUUAUUAGACUGAAGACGCAGACAACUCUGCAAGCAAGAGAACUGAUUGAUACUAUUAUAGUAAAAGGAAAUUUUGCAGCCACCAUAUUCAGAAACUCUCUACAAGAAAAUGACCCCACGUUAUACAAGCGUCUAUUUGUGCAACAGGACAUAAAGUAUGUUCCCACAGAAAAUGUUUCAGACUUACCAAUAGAAGAACAAUUGAGGAGACUACAAGAAGAAAGAACAUGCAAAGUGUGUAUGGACAAAGAAGUUUCCAUAGUGUUUAUUCCGUGUGGUCAUCUAGUAGUAUGCAAAGAUUGUGCCCCUUCUCUAAGAAAAUGUCCUAUUUGUAGAGGUACAAUCAAGGGUACAGUUCGUACAUUUCUUUCAUGAAGAUGAUCCAAAAUUUUGGCAUUAUGGGUUAAAUGUAUUGUAAUUUUAACUUUAUAUUGCUUUAGUUUCCUUAUUUUUUAAAUUUAUUUACAACUCAGAAAAUUUUGUUUUACACAAGUAUAAACAUAUUUAUGUAAACAUACAGCUAAACCAUAUAAACAUAUUUCAGAUAGCAAGAGAAUAUGCUUCUUUUCUUGUGAAAAAUAGGGAUAGCACUACAAGUACAAUACUAAAUCAAAAUUUCAGCACUAUUGAAAUUGUAAGUAAAAUUUAAUAUUUGUUAAUUAACCUUUCAGAAUUUUAAAUAUUUUGGAGUUGUAUUAAGAACCAAGAACAUGGAUCCUCUGUCUUUUUUGAUGUGUCCUAUACAUGGAAGGUUUUGAUAUUUGUUGAGUGACUUUUUAUAGACAUGGUGUUUUUGUAAAAAACUAUGUGAGAAAUGUUUUAAUAAAGCAAUCAGAAUUACUCUUA